AUGGCAACCAAGUCUCUCUCCGUUGUGGCACAGCGUCGCAUCCAAAGCGAGCUUAAUGAAUGGCUGCGGAACCCCCCGGAGGGCUGCUGCCUGGAGUCUUAUGAGCCCAUGACUUCCUGGGUAAUUAUAAUGCAGGGUCCUGAGGGUCACGGGCGGCUGUACGCCGACGAGGUUUUUCGCAUACGGAUAGACUUCACGGAGAACUACCCUCUUGACCCCCCGGACGUGGUCUUCAUUCCGCCAGUGCCCAUACACCCCCACAUUUACAGCAACGGCCACAUCUGUCUAGACAUCUUGUACUCGGGGCACAACGGAGGCUGGUCACCCGCUCUUACAAUGAGCAAGGUCGUUCUCUCCCUCCGGUCCAUGUUGGCCAGCGCCACGGAGAAGAAGAAACCUCCGGGGGAUGCGGAGUACAGCCUCCGUGUGGGCAACAGGUCACCCAAACUGUCCAAAUGGGUUUUCGAGGACGAUAAAGUGUGA